ACAUCAACGUCUCCAACGACGACAUCAGCUGAAACAACAACAUCAUCAACUCCAACAACUACAUCAACGUCUCCAACAACUACAUCAGCUGAAACAACAUCGUCAACUCCAACAGCUACAUUGACAACUUCUACUACAGUUCCGACAACUACAUCCACAACAUCUCCAACAACAUCUCCAACAUCACCAACAACGUCGCCAACAACUUCUCCAACAACUACAUCAGCUGAAACAACAUCAUCAACUCCAACACUGACAGCAACAACUUCUCCAACAACUCCAACAACUACAUUAACAACGUCUCCAACAACUCCAACAACGACAUCAACGUCUCCAACAACUCUGACAACUACAUCCACAACAUCUCCACCAACUACAUCAGCUGAAACAACAUCAUCAACUCCAACAACUACAUCAACGUCUCCAACAACUACAUCAGCUGAAACAACAUCGUCAACUCCAACAGCGACAUUGACAACUUCUACUACAGUUCCGACAACUACAUCCACAACAUCUCCAACAACAUCUCCAACAUCACCAACAACGUCUCCAACAACUCCAACAACGACAUCAACGUCUCCAACAACUACGACAACUCCAUCCACAAUAUCUCCAACAACUACAUUGGUUCCGACAACUACAUCCACAACAUCUCCAACAACAUCUCCAACAUCACCAACAACGUCGCCAACAACAUCUCCAACAACUACAUCAGCUGAAACAACAUCAUCAACUCCAACACCUACAGCAACAACUUCUCCAACAACUCCAACAACUACAUCAACGUCUCCAAUGACUACAUCAGCUGAAACAACAACAUCAUCAACUCCAACAACUACAUUAACAACGUCUCCAACAACUCCAACAACGACAUCGUCUCCAACAACUACGACAACUACAUCCACAACAUCUCCAACAACUACAUCAGCUGAAACAACAACAUCAUCAACUCCAACACCUGCAGCAACAACUUCUCCUACAACUCCGACAACUACAUCAACGUCUCCAACGACUACAUCAGCUGAAACAACAACAUCAUCAACUCCAACAACUACAUCAACGUCUCCAACAACUACAUCAGCUGAAACAACAUCGUUAACUCCAACAGCUACAGUAACAACUUCUACUACAGUUCCGACAACUACAUCCACAACAUCUCCAACAACAUCUCCAACAUCACCAACAACGUCGCCAACAACAUCUCCAACAUAUACAUCAGCUGAAACAACAUCAUCAACUCCAACACCUACAGCAACAACUUCUCCAACAACUCCAACAACUACAUCCACGUCUCCAACGACUACAUCAGCUGAAACAACAACAUCAUCAACUCCAACAUCUACAUUAACAACGUCUCCAACAACGACAUCAACGUCUACAACAACUCCGACAACUACAUCAACGUCUCCAACAACUACGUCAGCUGAAACAACAACAUCAUCAACUCCAACACCUACAGCAACAACUUCUCCAACAACUCCAACAACUACAUCAACGUCUCCAACGACUACAUCAGCUGAAACAACAACAUCAUCAACUCCAACACCUACAGCAACAACUUCUCCAACAACUCCGACAACUACAUCAAUGUCUCCAACGACUACAUCAGCUGAAACAACAACAUCAUCAACUCCAACAACUACAUCAACGUCUCCAACAACUACGUCAGCUGAAACAACAUCGUCAACUCCAACAGCUACAUUGACAACUUCUACUACAGUUCCGACAACUACAUCCACAACAUCUCCAACAACAUCUCCAACAUCACCAACAACGUCGCCAACAACUUCUCCAACAACUACAUCAGCUGAAACAACAUCAUCAACUCCAACACUGACAGCAACAACUUCUCCAACAACUCCAACAACUACAUUAACAACGUCUCCCAAAACUACAUCAGCUGAAACAACAACAUCAUCAACUCCAACACCUACAGCAACAACUUCUCCUACAACUCCGACAACUACAUCAACGUCUCCAACGACUACAUCAGCUGAAACAACAACAUCAUCAACUCCAACAACUACAUCAACGUCUCCAACAACUACAUCAGCUGAAACAACAUCGUCAACUCCAACAGCUACAUUGACAACUUUUACUACACUUCCGACAACUACAUCCACAACAUCUCCAACAACAUCUCCAACAUCACCAACAACCUACAUUGACAACUUCUACUACAGUUCCGACAACUACAUCCACAACAUCUCCAACAACAUCUCCAACAUCACCAGCAACACAUCAACGUCUCCAACGACUACAUCAGCUGAAACAACAACAUCAUCAACUCCAACAACUACAUCAACGUCUCCAACAACUACAUCAGCUGAAACAACAUCGUCAACUCCAACAGCUACAUUGACAACUUCUACUACAGUUCCGACAACUACAUCCACAACAUCUCCAACAACAUCUCCAACAUCACCAACAACGUCGCCAACAACAUCUCCAACAACUACAUCAGCUGAAACAACAUCAUCAACUCCAACACCGACAGCAACAACUUCUCCAACAACUCCAACAACUACAUCAACGUCUCCAAUGACUACAUCAGCUGAAACAACAACAUCAUCAACUCCAACAACUACAUUAACAAUGUCUCCAACAACUCCAACAACGACAUCAACGUCUCCAACAACUACGACAACUACAUCCACAACAUCUCCAACAACUACAUCAGCUGAAACAACACCAUCAUCAACUCCAACACCUACAGCAACAACUUCUCCUACAACUCCGACAAUGACAUCAACGUCUCCAACGACUACAUCAGCUGAAACAACAACAUCAUCAACUCCAACAACU